AUGGAGGAUACGAACAGCAACGGAAGCGGGGGGCAGAAGGUGGAGGAACCCUGCGGCUGUCUGGAAAUCCUGGCGCCCCAGAGGAUCAUAACCCUUAGGACCAGCGGCCAGGAGUACCUGGUCCACGAGAACAUCUUGACGCGUAGCUCGCACUACUUCCGAAAGUGCCUCCUUAAUAGGUCGCAGUUCGUCGAGGCGCGCACCGGCAUCAUCGCCUUCGACGACGUCGACCCAGUAUCCCUGAGACACUACAUCAACUUCGCGUACCACCAGAGCUUCUUCUCCGGCCCUGGCAUCCCGAAAUCGCACCGCCAGCCCGGCGGCUGCGUCGCGAACCUGGCCAGGGUCUACCGGCUGUGCGACAGGUUCCUCGACGCGGCGCUGCAGAGGGAUGUGGGAAAUACUCUGGUGUUUGUCCUCGAUUACAGAACGCCGUCACCGCCGCCGCCCGGUCAGAAGGCGCCGGACCUAGGGAUGUGGAUCGCCGACUACGCCGAGGGCUACGAGAUGCUUGACUCCGGGGACAGCGGGCAGCAGCUUCUGCGGGAGAGGCUGCUCGGCUCGUUCUGCAAGCACUUCCCGCUGUCCCAGUUCCGGGAGCACUCUGAGGCGGUCGCCCACCAUCACCAGUUCAGCUUCGAGCUGAGUCGGCGGUUUGCGGAUAUGCUCCAUGUGCAAGCGAAUACAAUUCAGAGAUUGAACAGAAAACGGUAA